UUUACCCAUACAUCGCAUCCUACCCGUCCAAUCAGCUAGAUCUCGCACAGGAUCGUGAAUCAUUCCAGGAAGUAACUGGUGUUUAAAACUUUGUUUUCCCUAUAAAGGUGUAAGUUUUCUUGGUAUAUGUACAUAUGUGAAACAACAAAUCUCUGUCGUACGAUGAUGUUCUGAUGUAUGAACCAAACCCCAAUAUAUGAUGAAGGGAAUUUAAGGAAAAGAAAAACCUAACAGAGGAUAUGACAUUCUUCUGCGGUAUUGAAAAAAAACACUUUCAUUAUACCUUAUAGACAGCACAUCUGAUGGAUUUGAUUAAUCACCUGAUAGGGAAAUAAAACAUCGUGUUUCCAUCUUGCACUCAAAUUUUCGCUAUUAUGAUUCCCAAACUCGGAGCCUCUCUAGAAAAAUAAUCUAAGAGGGACCCAGGCCACCUGACUUGAGAGUAACUGAGGAAAGUGACAAUAAAUAAAGAUCAGUUUGUCUACAGAACUGUGGAGGACAGCCUGCCACAAUGUUGACAUUCUUCUUUGAUCAUCGCUGACCCAUCAAACAGGUGCACGGAAAAUAUCAUAUCCAGACUUGAGGUACCAGGAUGGGCCAACAACAGUCUCAGACAGUUAAUAGGGAGCCGGUGGUGCGGCGACCUCCUUCACGGCCCGUAGCCCCGCCCAGUGCCCGACCAGUCAGCGACCUCGGCCCCAAGGGACCCAGCUACCACAACCCUGUAAACAAGGUGCUCCCAGCAGUGCUACCCACUAAGCACCAGCUACGCCCUGUGUCACAGGAAAUGAGCAAGAUCAUUCCCAACUACAAAGAUAUCUACGCAUAUGAUGACGAUGACAACGAAGACAACGACAGUCUGAAAACUAAUCAUGUGAUAGAAAAUGAACUAAAUAAUGGACAAAUACCACAAAGUAAUGGUAGUAUUCCUAAUGGAAAUGUGGCACACUCUGAAACUGGGAGUAUGGCAAGUGACAGUAGUUCAUCCGGACGAGCACCAAGUGUAUCGUUUGAUCCCGCAAGGAAAAACAAAGUUCAUCGACGCCAACAGUCAGCAACUUCUAGUUUGUACAGUCGUGAGAACACGAUUGUGGAAGACCCAAAAGAGAGUUUGGAAUUGCGUGGCAAGCUAGAUUCCAUGUCUACCUCAUGUCCUCAGGUGUCUAUCCCGGUCAGGAGUACGUUUGACAUGGACUCAUCAUUAAACAUGACUUAUGCACAGUUUGCCGAGGCCAGGCGCAAUAAGACUCUAUCAAUGAUAGAGCAAAAGACUGGUAAACGGAUAGAGGAUCUCAGUAACGAUCUAUCUGAGCACACCAGUCGCCCUGUCACUAAUCUGGUUCGGUCCAACUCAGCAAAGUCCACAAAGAGUAUGGAUGCUCUGGAUGGACGAAAGAAGAAACAGCGGGCACCUGCCCCUCCUCUAAAUCGCCCUCCACCCCCCCCUGCUCCACCUACCUCAAAAUCAGCUCCCUCAACCCCCCGGGGACCCAUACGUUCUAAAUCCCAGCAGGCACCACAGCGACCAGCUAACCCACCUCCUGUUUACAUGCGGAGCUAUUCGGUACAUAACGAACCUCCAGCAGAUUAUGAUAUGGAGGAUGUUUCCAUUCCUCCUCCACCUCCUCUUCAGGGCAUUCUUAAAACCAGCAAGUCCUACUACACCAAGUCCAGGUCCAACAGUGUUGAGUAUGCCGACGAAGUCCAUAAUAAUGGAAUAGGAUACAACGAUAGACAAAUGAAGGAGAGGAAGCCGCCAUCACGAACAAACAGUCAGAGGGUUCCCCCUAUUGUAGCCCCUAUACGCCAGGAGGACCCUCUGCUGCUAGAGAUACAAAAACUGGCAGAGAAAAAGGCAGCAAGACGACAAAUGUCAGAGGAGAAAGAAAAAGAGAAACAACGAAUGGCAGAGGAAGAAAGAAUAAAACAGAGAGCUGAAGAAAAGGAGAUAGCAACAGAAAAAGAAAAGGUUGCUGAGCAGGAGAAAUCACCAACAAAUGGUGCUUCAAAUUCCAACAACACUGAACCUAGUUUAGUCCUUUCGAGUAGUAGUGUCAAACAUGUCCUACAGAAGCAAGAUGCUGUUGAGGAGGGGUCUAAGGUUCCUCCUCCUCCCCCAGCCGUGAGUGCUCCUGCUCCCACUCCGGGGACAUCCACUCUGGAAAGGAAGCCGUCCACAACUUCCUCAUCCAGUUCAGCAGACAGUGCAAUGCGCCGCCUCAGCUCCCUACUACAGCAUGACAUUAAGGUUGCAGCACAAGCAAAGGCCACUAAAAUUGUCAAGAAAUCCACAAAGGUGAAAGAAAAACCAAAGGACCCUUCAGAGGUGUUUAGGGAACAGCUAGCCAAGGCAGCAUCUGACCGCGAACAGAGGAGCAAGACAGAGAUGACAAUUGAUGAACUAAUGAAGAAGAAGCGUGAGGAAGAAAACAAUGUGCCAGUAACAGGCCGAGUCAUAGAGGAUACGAACUCCACCGUGUUCAAGUCGGACAAACUAGUGGUGAAGAAAAAGGAGGACAGUGGUAUGGAGAAUCAUAAAGAGGUCCUUACACUUGACUUAGAUACAAAUAAAUACCCUAAACACAGGUUUGAGAAAAAGUCCCAGAAAAAAGAAAGUAAAGAUGGCAAAAAUGAUGAUUCUCUGGCAAAGAACUCACGCCAGCGUGUUCAGGAGUCGGAGUCUGAGGAAGAGAAAGUUCAAGAGGAGAUGGAUGAUGUUCGGAACUCCAGUAUAUACACCCGAGAGGACUGGACACCAUGUGACGAUUUAGACUCGGAUGACAACCUAUCAGACAAAGACGAAAUGAUGACAUCACGAGGAAAUGCUCAGGGAUUCAAGUCCACUAUUGUUCCAAGCAAGGUCAAUGACCUCAAGAUUAAAGAAAAGAAGGGCAAGGGUAAGGAGAACAAGUAUACCAAGCGAAACUCGGACAUGGGGACUGAUGAACGGAGGAAGUAUGAUAGCAUCAAAAGAUUCAAGAAAUCUGUACAUAAAAGUGUCAAAAAUGCAUUUGGAUCCAUCAGCAAGGCUGGGGGAAAGAUUAUCAAAAGGCAGAAAUCUGAGGAUUUGGAGGUAGUUAAUGAACCACCACCUCCACCUAACUGGAAACUGAGGAGUUCUGUGUCAGCUCCACAAGCCAUGAAUCAGAACUUUGAAUCUGAGCAGGCAUUAAAAUACAUGGUACCGCAUGGUUUUAGUGAUCACAACUCUGAUUCUUCAGACACAGAGGAGGAAUACGAAAAGAUGCGUGUGAAUUUUGGACCAGAGGAUGAUCGGACGGAUGAGGAUGAGGACAGUGAAAAGGAAGAGAUUCAUCAGAUGAGGCGCGCUGGUGUCGCCUACAUCGGCAAGAAAGGUCAGAUUGUGGUCCUUCCAGAAUAUGAAAAUGUGCCAGCAGGCAAAGAUAGAAAUAGUACAGUUGAGUUUGAAGGACAUGCACCAAAAAUUUACCAGAAAAAGAAGAAAUACACAUUUGAUAAUACAGUGCGCAAGAAGGACAGACUAAAGCGAGAAGAGAUGCUGAAGGAGGAGGUGAAAAGGGAGGAAGAAAAGAGAGAGGAGGAACGGAAGAUUGCAGAGGCCAAGGAGAAGGAGAUUGAAAAAGUGCGUGAAAUGGAGGCUCGGGAACGACUACAAAGGCUUGAGACACAAGCUCAGUUACAGCAGCAGUACCUGCAGCAACAACAGAUGGGGAUCCUUUCAGCUCCUCCUCUGCCCCCUCCAGCAGGUUUCCAGCAAGGAUACAAUGCCUCCAUGGAUUAUUCCCAGCUCCUCUCCCAGGCAAACCUCCCACAGACGGGCUACAACAUGCCAUUUGGCUCGCAGCCCAUGUUCUCUGCCCCUGUGUACCCAGGUAUGCCCAACAUGUCCCUGGAUGACCUUUCACAGUACAUGAGGAUGAUGAGCAUGCAGGGUUCGGCACCAAACCCACAGCAACAGUACGCCUUCAUGUUAAACAGUGUGAACCUGGCCAAUCAGGGUGGGUUUGACAGAAUGCAAGGCGGUGGUCUGCUUCACAUGCUCGGACAUCAGGACAGUGCCAAAUAUUUCAAAACUUCUUCUCAGGAGUACUUAGACAGUGACAGAAACCAAGUGUUCAAUAACUGGGUUGGUCCUACCAAACAGACUGCCUCCAAGGCGACUGUUGUACCCACUCCUCAAAUAGUGCAAUCGUCUGGUGGUACGACAGUCAAUGGUAACUCUGUGACGGUCAGUGGGCCUCGCGUGUCCACUCACAGUGGUGGUCAGAUUAGGACAAACAUUAUGGUGAACGACGAUGAGUCGGACACGUCCGAUGGUUUAUCGCCACAGAACGCUGCCCUGGCCUCGGCAACCAAUGUAGGCCCCACCAUCAUCAGUGGGUUUGAUGGGGAUGGGGGCCAUCGCACCAAGAUCUCUGUUAGCGUUUCCAACAAGCAGCGUGGAUGUAACAGGCAGACAAGCUUCUCCUCAGUCAGUUCCCAGCCUGGAAGUGAGACAAGUGCGGAGAGGUGAUUGAUGUCAUUGCCUUAUUGUACAUAGACUCACCAUUCCGAUCCCUCCCCAACCUGAAGUGACCAUUGGUCAGUGGUCAUUACCUGUGGAAAACCUAGCAGUCAAAAGAGUGACCAGCUGGUGUUCAACAGACCUAGUCACAAACUGACCACUGUCCAAUCAGGGACAGCAACUGGUAACCUUUUCAGGGGAAGAAACUCCAUGGAUUCAGGGGGAAUAAACCCACUAAUGAUUCUCAGAGUAUGAUACCUACAAAUCAGCGACAAAGCAUCUGGUAUCCAUACAUUGAUUAUGGUACCUCCAUGGAGUAUAAUGUAUAAAAGUACUCUGCCAUGGGUAACUUCUGGACCUAUACAAUUGUUUGGCUGGAUUCCCUUCAGGAUAAGGAAAGGUAAUUCCAGAUGAUUUGAGUAAGUGGAACAUUGUGGAAAUGUUACAGAUAACAGUGCUGAAUGCCAUGUAUUGACCUCUCUGUUGAUUCUGCUGGAAGGCGGACAUGUUGAUAUUUCAAUAUAAGUGUUGAAAUAUUCAAGGAUUCUAUGAUUUCUGGAUCAACAGGAUUGCAAAUAUUUAGUGAAAUAUUCUGCGAGAAUGAAAGCAUUGACAUCUACUCGACUGUGUUCAUCAGUGUUGUCAAAUAAAUCUGCCAAACGUCGGGAAUAAGUGACCGUUCUGUAAGAUGUUCAGUGAACCUAAGGAAUUUAAAUUAAAAUCGGGUGAAAGAGAAGAGAUUUUCUGUGAAUUGACGGAGAAAAUUUGAAUGCAAGAGAAAUCUUUCUGUGGCAUGUUUGUAGACUUUUGUACAGUACAUGUAAUACUAUUAUUAUACAUGUAAGAUGUGUCUGUAAGGGAGAAACUACAACCAACUGUAAAUGAAUUAAGUUGAUAAAUAGUAGUUAUUGUCAAGACUGUAGUGCUGGGAACCACUUGUGUUUCAAGUGCUCAACUUCUGUAUUUACUCAUAAAAGAAAUUUGUGAAAAUAUCACAUUUGAAAAGUUAUAGAAGUGAUGUAUUUGCCACAGAGUGUCAAAACACAAAUGUCAUCAUGGCCAAAUGCAUAUAGCAUAACCUGUGUACAUUUUGUGGAUGCCAGCAAACGUGUGUAAAUAAUUAGCAAAUAUCCUUCGAUCAUUUCAUACUUGAGAAUGUGAAGCGUUGUUAUAUUUGUUACAUUGCAAGGGUUUUUUAGAUAAAGAAAUUAAAGUUCAUACAAAUAAUUAUUGUUAAUACUCCAAUUGUACAGGUUUAUAUACGAUUCAGAUAGUGGAAAUGUACAGCCAAUUACAGUAAUAUCUGUUUGACUCAUUAGCUAGCUGUAAUCUUCAGGGUUUUAUAUAAAAGUGCAUCAUUUCAUUGCUACCAUCAUUAUCCUCACACCAGGACAGUUAGUGUUUAGUUUAUGAUUUAUCACAUAUAGACCUACUUCAUACAUCAUCCAUCAUCAUUGAAAAUAAUUAUUUUUUGCAUCAAUUAUAAAACUACGUUUCAGUAGGUAUGCAGUGACAGAUGUAGUAGUUUCAUUAUAUAUAACACUUUAUAAACAUUACAGCCAUAACGGUAUAACUUUCCCCCAAGUAUCUAUAUAUAUGUCAAAUUUUCCUUAACACAAUUAUAACUUAUAUCCUGCAUUUUCAAACUUCUUAAACUCUUACCAAACUGAGUCCACUUUCAUAAUGUCAGUUACUUAACACAAUUGUAACGUCACCCGCAACACUGUGUUGCGGGUUAAAAAUUCUUUUAAACUGUUGCAACAUUUCCAGGGUAGAUGCUGGAAAUGUUGUAAAGAGUUAAAAAGAAUUUUAACAUUUUAACAGCUAGAUACAAAAACUGAUUUUUCAGAAACAUCGACAGCAAAAUAUUUUCUUUUUCUUUUUCGGACAACGUUGUUUCCAAAUUUUGUCCACUUGGUAAAAUGUGUCAAUUUUAAAGCUAAGAUCGAUGUGUAUCUUCAUUUACAGUUCAUUCCUAGUACCAGGUGACCUGAAUUAUUCAAAACUUUGUAAGUUUUUUUUAUUAAAGUAAAUGUAUAAAGAUAAGAUCUGUUAUAUAUAAUUUGCACUAGAAACAUUGUAAAAACACAACUACACAACCUUACAACCUUUGUUGAUCCUGACAAGGGUUUGAUCAGUUCACCUUUAGGGAAAUGCUUGUCAGUCUUCCCGUUUUGGACAGAGGAUCCCAAUUUUUCACUUUCGAAAACAGUAGAUCUGCCUUUAUCUUGCUUUUAUGCGCACAGAUUCACUUUCAUGAAAAUUGGUAAGAUUGGCAGGUAUGUAACUAUUAAAAAAAUUCCAUCGUGUAGCAGACUUAAAAAUUGGUUUAUAUUGUUGAAUUAUUGUUCAAGUUAUUCUAAAAAAGUGAGAGUACUGACUUCAAAGUUAAAAUAUUAACGAGAUGUUUACAACUUUACAACAAACAAUAAAUUAUCCUUGUGAUGGAAUCAGGUAAAAAAGUUGUGGAUGCACUUGUGUGUAGGUGGACACUGUUAACAGACGAUGACGAUGUGUAUUUCUGAAACAUCGUUAUUGAUGCAUUCGACACUUAAACACUCUUAAAUCUUCUUAAAGAUCACAAAAUUAAUUGCAAUGUAUAGUUGUUAAACGUGAAAAUCAGGUUUAAGACUCUGUAUCAUGGCUUUCUGAUACAUGUAUUUUUGUUCACAUUUGUCAAAACUUUGGUCAGGGAGAAUUCUGUGACCCUGACAAACUGGUGAACGUUAAAUGUUCAACAACACAUCAUACUGUGUCAAAUGAUUGCAACUUUUUACAUUUCCAUAAUUUUACAUAAACUUGGUAGAAUGUUUAGCUGUAAGGAAAAUAUAAUCUCACAUUAUGAAAAUCUGUGAUAAGUUCUAUGCAAUUGAUAUUAACUUGCCAUUGAUAUGCCCGGGUAGCAAUAGCUAUGCUUUUGUCCGAUUAUGUUUGUAAACUGGCACGAGCUGGCCAUGGGUGGACAAGGGCCAACUUGAUGGAGUGACCCAGUUUGUGACAAGCUGUGACAAGCACAAAUGUCCAUAAUAAAAAAUAAAAAAUUGUAACAAAAAGUUAAAUUAAAUAAAAAUGCAUUUGGUUGUUAAAAGACUUAAGAAUAAAAAAAAACGGAAAAAAUAUUAAAACUAGAUGGCAUGUGCAUACAUCAGGAAAACUUGCAAUUUUUACAGCUGUGAAAUAAGCAUGUAAUUUGUUAAAAAAAACAAGGAUAGCAGCCAAGAUGUUCAUCCAAAGUGUCCUUUGAGUCUUGUCUUCCAUAAUAUUAUUACGGUUCAUACCAUGUAGUGUCAGAAAUAAAAUUAAAUCAAAUAGAAAUGCUGCUUUUUCACAAAAAUUACCCCGGAGGCCCCACCCCCUAGUUUCAGAUUAAGUUACACGUUUAUAACAUAUUUAACAUUGUGACAUUUUCUCCUUAAGCCACAGUAUGUGCUUUGUCUAUCACCAGAUAUACUUAAUACCCUCGUAAGUUUUUGUGUCACCUACGACGGAUGUCGGAAAGACACAUAGAUGCUGCUUUUCCGAUGGCGACAGUGGCGUCAACAAUGUUAAGGUUUUGCGUUUAGCUCUGUUUCUGACAAAGCUACACCAACAAAACCUCGAUCAUAGAUGUAACAUGGGUAGUGGAGCCUACUGCACUAAAAAUAUUUCAUUGACUUCUGCAUUUUUUUGGUAAAAACCUCAAAUUUCUGGACUUUGGUUUUGCGUUUAGCUCUUGCAUAUUAGGCUCUUUCUGACAAAGUAUAAGAGCUAGACCAACCAAACCUCAAUCAUACUUGUAUCAUGGGUAGCAGAGCCUACUACUCUAAAAACAUUUUAUGGAUUUCUGCACUUUUUCGGA